AUUAGGGAGAGGAGGCAAAAAUUGACUUCUCACAAUAGGGCCGAAAUUCCGGCCCUUAUCCCUGAUCCAGUGGAUUUCCGUUUGCAAGCCGGGCUUCACCCAAUGCGUCAUAGGCCCGGAAUGACCACAGUCCACUUUGACUCGAUUAGGGAUGGACUUAGAUUUCCGCUACACCCCUUUUUCAUUUCUUUCUUCAAUUUCUACGAAGUUGUACCGGCCCAGAUUAUGCCGAACUCCUAUCUGGCAAUGGCGGGGUUCAUUUGUCGUUGCAAAGAUGCCGGUGCCCGACCAACCCUAGAUCUCUUCCAUCAAUUCUUCAAAGUAGCCCCCCAACAAACCCACGGUUAUCUGGCCACCAGUGCCCGAACGGGACACAUCCUGUUUAAAGGAAAUCCAACUUCAAUUAAAGGGUGGAAAGACCGUUUUUUCUUCAUGUCUGUCCCGGACGGCCUAAUUCCCCGCAAAUGGAAUGCCUUCCCUCGCAAGACUCCUGAUCCUAUCCUUACUGAAGAAAUUUACAAGGACGUACUUGCCGUGGAGAAGGAUAAAUGCAUGGACAUUAUAAGUUAUCUGACUCCUGAACGACUUAUUACAGCCGGGAUAGGUACUGCCCGUUCUCUUGAGUUUACUUGUUUUGAGAAACCAAGUGCCAUGGUCCGGGCGGUCCUUCCCGUGCGAGAAACGUUCUUUUGUUCUUUUUUCUAGUUUCUCACACGCUAAGGUCGCUCGAUACUAACAUUGUCCUUUUGUCUUUUUUCAGCACCAAACCCAGAUCUACCUAUGGACAACAGCAGAGUUAUGGCAGCUGGUGGGGUCGGUAAGCGAAAAAAGGCCAGGAAGAACCCCCAACCUACUCCCUCUACUGUUCCUGCCCAGGAUGCUGGGUCUUCUCAACCGCUUCCAGAGCCACAGCCGAUACAGCAGGUCCAUCAGGAUCAAUUCGAUGCCAUGCUGGUCGAUGAUCGGUUUGGCUCUGAUCAACUGCAGCAAUUUUCCGAGCAUUUUCAAGCUGCUCCAGAAGCCGGCCAGGGUACGGGUGAAACACCCACCGUUCAGUUAUCUGGCCAGGUUGACCGGAUUUCCCUGGCGGAUCCGGUUCAUGAUGUUGUGGAAAGAGGUGACUGUUCGGCAAGUCAGAUCUGGUCUACCUCCGCCUUCUUCAACAAUUUCACCGUCCCUAAGUUAUCGAUCGAGCAGUCCGAGGAAUGCCUUGCCUUGGCAGCUCUGAAGGUUGGGCUUUAUAGCCUGCAACUGAAGGAAGCUCGGUUGGCCAAGGAGCGGGAGCUGAUCGUUGCUCAGAGUUCCGCGGAGCAGAAUGCAGCAGCUGCUUUUGCUGCCCUGGAGGCCGAGCGGAAGGCCCAUACUGAGGAGAAGAAACGUCUUGAAUCGGAGCUUGGCGAGCUUCGGGUUCAACUCGGAGUUUCUCAGUCCAAGGUCCAUGCUGCAGAAGCUGCCUUGGUUAAAUUCGAAGAGCAUGCCCCUCGCAUCCCGGACGGCCCUGCUGAAAUACAGGUUGACCUGUCCGCCGUUCGGGAGUCAUUUAAAGGGUCUGAAGAGUUUGCUAUUUUGAAGAAAGAUUUCGCACAGCAGCAACUCCCAGUCACCUUUGGUGAUUAUCUUGAUCAUUUUUCCACGGGUGACGCCCGUCGGAGCGAGGGGGUCAAAUUGCUCGAUCAGGACCCCAGGGGGAAAAAAUUUAAUGAUUCCCUGGCUCGAUCUCUGUACGUCAUGGGCUGUCAGCACAUCAUGGCUCCCUUUAUCGCCAAAUUCCAAGAAUUGCUAGGGAGGCCGGUCGAGCUUACUGAUCUCCCUCAGGCGCCCAUAGUCGAAGCUCAAUAUGAGAAAUAUCAAAGAGACUUACAACGGGCUGCUGAUCGGGAGGCGGGAAAGGAGCCUGAUCCCCUUACUGAUUCGGAUGAGGAGGGUGAUGAAGAAGACAAUGGGGCAGGGCAAUAGAGUAGUAUCUUAGUAACUGUAACCCCUUUUUGUUCUUUCUUUACAAAAAACCUUAACUGUAUUUCCCGGUCAGUAGAGCCGAUGAAUAUAUAUCUCUUUUUUGCAUGAAAUUUUGUGUACUAUCUUUUCUGUCUUUAAUGCAUGAUUUACUCGCCAUUCGGAAUUCGACCUGUUUCGUAGGACUUAACCAAUUUCCUAACUUAUUUCUUGCUCAAAUAAUCCUAACGCCGUUGAUCGCCGUUCGGGCAUUAGAAAGUUCUGAUAAUUUACUUAAGGAAAAAACCCCUUCCCCCUGGUACUCAGCCGUUUGGGCUUCAUACCGAAUUUUAGGACUUGGCACAUUCUUGCUUUAGAUAAUCUCUUACAACUUGAUAGCCGGUCGGGCUUCAGGUUGACACCUUGGCAGUUUUCUCGAUUUUCUUUGCACCUGGGCUCCUUCAUAACAUUGAUAGCCGGUCGGGCUUCAAGGUUGACAUUUAGGCCUUAGCAUUUUUCUUCCAGAUAACCUUUUAUAAUAUUGUCGGCCGGUCGGGCUUCAGGUUGAUAUUUAGGACUUAGCAUUUUUCUAAACAGCAAUCCCCUGUGACUUUUGCUAAUCCUCUGUAAUCCCGUCCGGGGUACGUGCACAAAAGAUGAAACAUAAAUGCCCCAACAUAAAUCCUCUGUAAUCCACCAUUUGCUCAUGGAUUAGGGAGUUGUGCGGUACUUUCCCUAUUUAUAGAGAGGUGCUUCCCCUAAUUUCUCCUGCUGUUUUCUCAUUUUUCUUUCGAGCUUUCUCUCUCUAGAAUUCCUUUGCAUACUCUCAAGCCUUCUCUCUCUAGAGUUCCCAAAUUUCCUCCAGCGUUUUUAUGUACUACUCCUCUAGCUCAGAAUCUGAAGAGAUGCCUUUGAUUCGCAAGAGCAAAACAUCCGCUGGUAACCAGGCCGAAGGCUCUUCGUCCCAAACUCCCAAACCCGCCAAUACUCAGGUCAGCAAACAUACCGAACAGCCGCAGGAGGAUGGAUGUCUGUCGGGAGAUGACCUCCAGGUUUACAACAAGGGGAUGCCCGAGCGGCCACCCCGCAUUCCCCUACAUUUCAAUCGCAUACGCAAACACAAACAACGUCUCCCGGAAGAUGUUGAACGGCAACUUAGCCAGCUGUUGCCCCCGCCCAGAGAAUACUAUGCCGGAUUCAUUCGGCACCCCAUGAGGCACAGACCGGGGUACGUGCUAGUGCAUCUUGAUGCUCUGAUUGCUGGACUUCGGUUCCCUCUCCACUCAUUCAUAGUGGAGUUCUUACGCCGGGUUGCUGUACUCCCCGCUCAGUUCGUGCCCAGCACUUACCGUAUUCUGACAGGCUUUAUUAUCCGGUGCCAUGAGUUGAGGAUCACCCCGAGCGUCGAUCUGUUCCUUUAUCAUUACUGCUAUCAGCCCUACUGGACGACCGGGUACUUGAAGCUGGUAGCCCGUUCUGACCGUCAGCUGUUCAUAGAGAACGUUACCCCGCAGGCUGACUGGGAAGAGCGGUUUUUGUUCGUUCGGGUAGGUGAUUCUUUGCCAUUCCCGAACAGGUGGAACGCAUACCCUGUUCGGGAUUCCCUGCCUAGGGUGGAUGCCGUUCUACACUCCCAGGCCGAGUCUUUGCGAAUGGGAGGGACCAGAAGUCUUCGCAGCUUUGUCACUGCCUCGAGCAUGUUAUCUGCUGGAAUUGGUGUGAUCUCUCCCAUACCCGUCCGGCGUUCUAUCUCUUCUGCUAAGGGGAAAGAGAAGAUGAUAGCCGAUCGUGAUUCGGCGGAGCAAACCCGCAAAAAGCGUAAGGGAAAUGAUGGUGAUCACCUGAUCCCGAUCGACCAUGUGGUUGACUUGACCGGGUCGGAGGUUGAGCCCAAAAGAUCAGUGCCUGCCAACAAACAAACUCCGGUUCUUACUGCCACACCGAUCGAUGAUCGGAUGUUUGUUGAAUUUUCAAAUAUGGGGCCCAGAUCAGAAGGGAGGUAUCUGUUCGGGUUGAUGCCAUCUUCUAUGUGGUGUCAUACUGCGAUCAAAGUUCCCCCGAGCUUCACCAACUUGACUCACUGGUCGGACCUUUUCGAAGCAGGUCACCAGGAAGCACUCAAGGUACUUUUCAGUCCGACCCAUACCUUUCUAUUAUUCGUGCUUUACCUUUUCUGACUUCCAUUGUAACUUUAUUUUCAGGCUGGCGUGUAUUAUCACAAAGCCUUUCUUGCUGCUGAGAAGGAGAUGAAAGCCCUGGCCAGUGAUCGGGAUGACGGCCAGGUCCUUCUUUCCGCCGCUCGGAAGUUAGCGACCGACCUCCAGGAGCAGGCCAAAGAGGGUGAGAAGGCAAAAGCUGCCCUGGCCGAGAUGCAGGAGACGUCCCGUCGUCACGACCGGGAACUCAAAGAACUCCGGGCCAAGGUGCGGGCUGCUGAAUCUGCGGGUAUUAAAUUUGAUAAGGCUGUCGGAGAUCAUCUGCCCGAACCCUACACGGUCAAUACCUCUCAGAUUGCUCAGCAAUCGGUAGUGGAUUUCCAACGGGGCAAGGCGCUGAACCUCGCUCUGGAGAAUACGGCCCGACAAUUCCUAGGUCCUCACCUUGGCCAAUUUUUGCGUGAGAGCUCAGAUCCCAUCAAGGCAGGGAUCGACCUCCUGGACAGCACGCCGGAAGUAAAAUCUUUCUUGGAUGUCCUGACCGAGAAAACCGUAAAGCAAAGUCAGGACCUGCUUCUGGAUAGGAAUCUUGAACUGAUCUUAGAGCGUUUCCCCAAGCCGUUCGAUCCUGAUGAACUAGGCUUCGAUGAUCUGUUCGGGAAUACGUACGAUCGCGUCAUGGAAAAAAGAUCCAAAGCAGCGUCUGACGAUGCAGUGCAGACAGGGAGCUCUCAGCCUACGUCCUCCCCGAACGACGAUCAUCCAUUAGUGUAGCCUUUCCUUAUCUGUUGUCUUCUUUCUUGCAUAUUUGUUCUUGUAUAUUCCGGCUAGUAACGCCGAAGAAUAAACUGGACUUUUUUCCUUUGUCUGUUGUACUUUUUCUAUUCCUUUGAUUUUUUGUCCACAAUCUUUUCUACAUGGCCGAACUUCACUCGGCUCAUGUAUCUUUAUAUCUGACACCUUUUCCGAACCCGUUUUGAUCCCUUUUCCUGUUCGUGACGCACGGGUUCAAAACUCUUAGCUGAGGUGAAUUCCUCCAAGCCGUUUUGAUCGUGACCACAGGGUCAAACUCUCGGCCGGGAUAGGGGCUCCCUCCAAGCUGUUAAUACGUUCGACAUUCGGUCAUCCAGAAUGAUUUCGCGUGUUAACAAGCUGAGGUGAGACUCUCUUCAUAAUUGUUCUGACACCUUCCCGAACCCGUUUUGAUCCCUUUUCCUGUUCGUGACGCACGGGUUCAAAACUCUUAGCUGAGGCGAAUUCCUCCAAGCCGUCCGUUUUGAUCGUGACCACAGGGUCAAACUCUCGGCUGGGAUAGGGGCUCCCUCCAAACUGCUAACCCGUUCGUCAUUCGGUCAUCCAGAAUGAUUUCAUGCGUUAACAAGCUGAGGUGAGGCUCUCUCCUUCCAAACCCAUAAUUCCGAUGCAUUCCGAACUGUUUUCUCUGGCUCGUAUCAUCCAUAUUAGGGGUCUGAGGUAACCCCUUUCGAACUGUAAGCAAGAUCACUGAAGUUGGGUCAUUUCUUACUUAUAGCUAAAAGGGCGACUAGCUUCCAAGUCAAGUUUUAUGACUGAGGCGAGAUUUUUCAAAACAAUAGUUCCGAUUCCCCGGACGACAAUCCGUACCUUAUCCGAACGUCGCUCGGUUAAUCCAUAUCUUACAGUCUUGACACCAUCUCCAAGCCGUUUUGAUCCCUUUGCCCGUACGUAAUUACAGGGUCGACUUUGGCUAAGUUGACGACUCAGCUCCCUCCAAGCUGUUAACCCGUUCGUCAUUCGGUCAUCCAGAAUGAUUCUACGUGUUAACAAGCUGAGGUGAGAAUCACUGUCCUUCGAACUCCAGGCCAUUUUCAUCCUUUCAUCAAUGUGUAAUUACAGGGUCAAAACUCUUGCUGAAAUGUAUGGCUCCCUCCAAACUGCUAAUAUGUUCGUCAUUCGGUUUUCCAGAAUCGAUUCUCAUAUUAACCGCUGAGGUGAGACUAUCUGAGUGUCAAACUCCCAGUCGUUUGGCUGAGAAUGACUUUCCUUCCAUGGAAUUAACCCGUUCGUCAUUCGGUCAUCUGGAAUGAUUGAGUUAACCAUGGGCACCGAUUUUCUGAGCCUCAAUUCUUCAAGCCAUUUUUUAUCCCUUUAUUCUUACAUAAAUCUAGGGUCAAAAACUCUCUAAACUGAGAAUUGAUUUUCCUUCCAUGGAAUUAACCCGUUCGUCAUUCGGUCAUCCGGAAUGAUCGAGUUAACCAUGGGCACCGAUUUUCUGAGCCUCAAUUCUUCAAGCCGUUUUUGAUCCCUUUAUUCUUUCGUAAUUCUAGGGUCAAAAACUCUCUAAACUGAGAAUUGAUUUUCCUUCCAUGUUGUUAACCCGUUCGUCAUUCGGUUAUCCGGAAUGAUCGAGUUAACCAUGGGCUGAGUUUGUGGAAGUUAUGUCUCCCUCUCUAUUUUUUUUAGAGGUGGCAACAGCCGUUUUUACUGAUAAAAUCUCCUCAGAUGUUCUACAUUCCAGGUUCCUGCCGGUCGGCCUUCGGUAUUUUGUAGGCCAAACGUUCCUGAAGCAUACUUCUUACAUACUUGGUAGGGGCCUUCCCAAUUUUGUGCCAUUUUGCCCCCUUCGAGCGGCUUGCUUUUCUCUCUCUUUCUUAGUACCAGGUCCCCUACCUCGAUUGAACGAACUUUAACCUGCUUAUCGAAGUAUCUUCUUGUGACUCUGUGAUACUCUUCCAUUUGUGCCGCUUCCAGAUCCCUCCUUUAUUCUACGAAAUGCAAUUCGGCCCGUAAGUUAUCUUCAUUCUGUUCUGGGCUGUAAUGCACCGUUCGGUGUGUGGGAACUAGGAUCUCCGUUGGUACUUUGGCUUGAAAACCAUAGGCAAGGGCAAAUGGAGUCUCUCCCGUGGCCGUUCGGGGUGUGGUCCUGUAAGUCCACAGAAUGUAAUUCAACUGAUCAGGCCACGAUGAGGAGUAUUCUUCCAGCUUCUUGUUCAUGCCAUCCAUGAUGGUUCGGUUCAUAUUUUCUACCUGGCCAUUUCCCUGAGGGUAUGCGACGGAUGCUCUGGAAUGCUUGAUCCCCCAUUUGACCAGGUAGUUCUCAAAAUUCCGGCUCACGAACUGCCUUCCAUUGUCAGUUAUAAUCUGUUCAGGGAUUCCGAACCGGCAAAUGAUAUUUUUCCAGACAAACUUCUGGCAUUUAACAUCUGUGAUGCUGGCCAGUGGCUCGGCCUCUGCCCAUUUGGUGAAGUAAUCUAUCCCCACAAUGAUGUACUUGUUGUUUCCGGGUGCAGUAGGUAGAGGACCUAACAGGUCUAUUCCCCAUCUUGCAAAUGGAAGGGCCACCGUCAUCGGAGUGUAGAAAGUGGCAGGCCGUCCGGGAACCAGUGCGUAUAAUUGGCAUACCUUACAUUUCCUGGUAUGCGCGAAGCAGUCCUGUU